AUGAUAAUAAUAAUUUGUUCUUGUUUCACCAAGGCUAUUUAUGACGCUCAGUCCAAAGAAGAAAAGGAAGUCAACAGGCUGAAUGAGUUGGAGAGGAAAGAGUUUGAGAGUGAAAUGGACAAAGUACUGGCCAAUGGAGAUCUGGAUGACAUAUCAGAGAUGAUUACGGCACACAAUCUGACAAAGUGUAAWACCAAUAGUCUGGAGAAAGCUUUAGAGGUUAGUUAUAAGCUCAAGAACUUGGCAGACUCCAAUUAUCCCGAUGCUGACGAUUUUCGYUCUCUCGCGAAAAAAGUGGAAGACUUCUCUAUUGAACUCCUUGAGCCCCUUAAAGGCGAUGAUAUGAAAAGAGCCAUAUUUGAAGGACAAGAUUUCGAUCGUAUUGCGGAAAAAKCCGUCUUGUUCCGUCAGAAAAAGUUUAUAUCACAUCCAGUAGUGUUCAAUCUGUUGAUGAAGCGUUGGAGAGGAGUGUUCGACACAAAGUCUUUAGCGUGGCCUUUUCUACAGCUAUGGGCUAUCUUUGACUUCAUGUUCUUUCCUCUGGUCUUCGUUGUUUUGUAUAUGAUUAAAUUGAUCGUAGAGUUGACCAAAAAAGAAUGCCACGCAGUUGUGAUAAUGAGUCCCUGUAACAUGGACAGCAUGGAUGACAUGCAAGAUCUUACUAGUGCGUGCUUUGCUAUUUUACGACCUCCRCACACCACUCAUAUCUUAGAUAAAGAUAAAAUUGAACUUCACUCCAACAAUAUCGGACAACAAUCAAGUGAGAGUUCCUUGAUGGGCUGUCUAAAGUCAGCAAGGAAGAAAUUUACCCAACUAGAGAGAGCUAUACGUAAACCUACAGAUAAGUUGCUAAUUGUAAUGACAGAUGACAAAGUCGACGCAUCUCUUCGCACAUUAACAAAAGAGGCUGCACGAAUCAAGAACGACCGUGUCAGAGUCGUCUCUGUUGGCUUUGGAGUUCAUCCAGAUAUCAAGGAACUCGAAGCCAUGGCAACAACACAGCAAAAUGUUUUCCUUUACCAUGGGAACAUCAAGUUAGGCGCCAUUGUACAAAACAUGCUUGAAAGUUUGCGGGGAAAAAGUCUUUUGGGUAAGUUCGUUAUAUCCUUCCGUCAGAAAAAGUUUAUAUCACAUCCAGUAGUGUUCAAUCUGUUGAUGAAGCGUUGGAGAGGAGUGUUCGACACAAAGUCUUUAGCGUGGCCUUUUCUACAGCUAUGGGCUAUCUUUGACUUCAUGUUCUUUCCUCUGGUCUUCGUUGUUUUGUAUAUGAUUAAAUUGAUCGUAGAGUUGACCAAAAAAGAAUGCCACGCAGUUGUGAUAAUGAGUCCCUGUAACAUGGACAGCAUGGAUGACAUGCAAGAUCUUACUAGUGCGUGCUUUGCUAUUUUACGACCUCCRCACACCACUCAUAUCUUAGAUAAAGAUAAAAUUGAACUUCACUCCAACAAUAUCGGACAACAAUCAAGUGAGAGUUCCUUGAUGGGCUGUCUAAAGUCAGCAAGGAAGAAAUUUACCCAACUAGAGAGAGCUAUACGUAAACCUACAGAUAAGUUGCUAAUUGUAAUGACAGAUGACAAAGUCGACGCAUCUCUUCGCACAUUAACAAAAGAGGCUGCACGAAUCAAGAACGACCGUGUCAGAGUCGUCUCUGUUGGCUUUGGAGUUCAUCCAGAUAUCAAGGAACUCGAAGCCAUGGCAACAACACAGCAAAAUGUUUUCCUUUACCAUGGGAACAUCAAGUUAGGCGCCAUUGUACAAAACAUGCUUGAAAGUUUGCGGGGAAAAAGUCUUUUGGAUCAAUAUCUUCAGUAUUUCAACACACCUAUCUUCAUCUUCGAGCGUGAYACCCUAAGCUACCUUGCGUUGCUUGGACUUCAUUUUGCCAUGUGCCUCCAGCCUUCAAAGCUCGAAUUCUCCGUCUUCGAAUGGAUAAUAAUGUUAUUUUUCUUGGGGAGACUAUUCAUGGAAAUAUAUCAAGCAGUCAUGGAGAAAUUGUUGAGCAAUAAGAUUGGGAAACGCUCAAGAGACUUUUUGRAUUUUUGGUUUAAGGGAAAAGAAGAAUUCACCGAUGAGAUUGACGGAGGAUCCAAUGAGACGAACAUAGCCAACCAGAACAGAAAGAAAACUUUUUGCCGUAUGUGUUUGAACAUAAUGUCAAGAUAUUUCAGAUGGGCCGAGGGCUCACCAGUAUCCGAUAACCGUCUGUUAGCAAUAGCAGGGUAUUUCUACGGUUUAAACACCAUGUUCCUGACUCUAAGGGUAUUUGGGCACAUUAUGGAAACCAAUAAAAAUACUGGAUCUAUUCAGAUAGCUUUAUUUCAAAUCUUUGGUGCUGUUAUUACAAUCUUCGGGGAGUUUUUAGCUGCCAUAUUGGCAUUUUCACUYGCUAUCACCAAAGUUUACGUUGCUGAGAUGUCGUACAAUAAAGGAAAGAACUCAACUAUGCACGGAUUUUGUGAAGUAGGGCAAGAAGAGAUAGCUUGCUGGUGGGGUUCUGCAAGGCACCUUUUUUGGUCCCUUUUGGGCGAGCCCGAUGUUAAUCCUCUCCAAUCAACCGACGAACCAUCUGAUUUUCUUGCUCAUCUGUUGUAUGGUUUGUUUCUACUACUGGCUGUGGUUAUGCUGAUGAAUAUGAUGAUUGCUUUAUUAUCAAACACUUACCAGGCUGUCGAGGAUAACGCGUUCUACGAGUGGUCUUAUAGAAGAGCGACAACAAUAAGAACAUAUGUGAAUUAUCAUCCCGUUCCUGUCCCUUUCAACAUUAUUUCCUUCAUUUUGAUAAUUGUAUCACGGUUAUACAAGUACAUCGUAUGCAGCCAGUGCUGUGUCAGCGACGAUGAUAAGUAUUCACGUAAGAGACAACAAACCAGCGAUACAGCGUCUUUUUUCGACUGCCUUGUGUUCGAUCUUCAAGCGGAAUAUUUCUCCAAACAUGGUUAUGCAUUUCCUCUGGCAGAAUCCAAUAAAAUGGAUUGGGUGUUCCGAGAAACAGAAGGCAAUCGUCAGCUCAUUGGUCACAUCGCCAACCAAGUGUUUACAAACGACAAGCAUAAACCUGCACUACAAGCACCAGAGGAUUUUACAGAUAACACAAAAAAGGCAAAUAAUACGAGUUGGAACGCGCGAGGAAUAGACAUCAAAGGUCAUCAGUUGACGUACGUUUCUUGCGACUGUGCUCAAUGCAGCAGGUUUUCUGUAGAAGGAGAAACCCGYUAUCAUGGAGCAGUUUAUUAUCAACCAUUUUCACGAAACUGGCCAGGAUUUGAGGUUCUCAUUCAAGAAAGUGUCGAGCGUCGUCUCAUUGUYAUAGGCGUAGUUCCUGGAAACUGGCCCAGUCCUCAUGUUUCUGCUGGUAUACACGAAAACUCUGCUGCAUAUCACGUGGAYGAGGGGAAAAUAUUUGACACUAAUAACCAGAAAAUUGGCAUCGAAGGCGCUAUGGCUCACAGAGGCGAUCUGAUUGGUUGUAAAUUAUUGUAUGAUGGCCUGUCACGUGAUGGCACAAUUCCUGUAUUAUUCACCCUCAAUGGUCGAGUCAUAGGCGAGGGAAGAAUCAAAGGAGGACAAGACUUCUAUCCCUUUGUUGGGAUUGGUUGGGAAGGCAUUAGCUUAUUGUUCAAGAUGACCWCAGCCAGUCAGCAAACCCAAGAAGUUUACAAACAAGAUAAGUCUACACAACUUCUGACUAAAAUUUAUGAAAAAGUGGAAAGUUUUCAGACAUUCUAUGAAGAYCGYGAGACAGCAAUGCAAGCMAUUAUAGACAAACUAGAGCAAAAGGUAGACAUUUUAAACGAGCGGUGUAAAUUUUUUGAAAACAAUGCGAUAGCAGAAAGCGUUGCAACAACAGAAGGAACAGAAGACAACUCUAGCUUUGAUAUCAAACUUUGAAGAAAAAAAACCCAAAAAACUACAUGAAAUAGUAAGCAAGCCAUAUUUUAAUUACUAUGAAAUUUUAUAAAGAAUUUUUAUAUAGAUAUAUGUUUUUACGAGCAGAAACUUUUUAAAACAAUUCUGUAUGAAUUUUUUAUAAAUUGUUACAAAUAAAAACUGGGAUUAUUUUUGGCUUACAGGAAGAUGUACCGCGCGUCAGGUGAUUUCAGAGUUAAAUUUAAAAGUUAAAUUCACACCGAAAAAGAAAUUUAAUAAUUUAAUUAGUACGAAAACAUAAAAUACUCAUACCUGUCAUAAUGUCAAAGAAAACACUAGAUAGAAAUUGUUCCUCCUGGAAAGGUGACAUCAACAUUGGAUUAUUCUCUCUUGCAAAGAAAUCAUCCCAUCACGACCCAUCACUCAAUGAAUUCUGUCAUUUUGAUCAGCGUAAAUUGACAAUGAACCACAAUAAUGUGUCAGAGAAUAUAUCUUCUUUUUUGUAUUCCACGCUAGUAGUGCUAGCGUGGAUCACGUACGUUUUACAAAGGUCAAGACUGUGUGUAGAAACAGGUGACUUUCACACAUUAGUGUGUUUAAAAAAGCGUUUUUUUUUAUUUUAUUCCUCCAUUUACCUAUUUCAAAAAAGGUGGUUGGUUAAAAUGUCGAAUAUGACGAUUGCUCAACCGAAAGGAGACAUGGGUUUUGCUGCUUGAUGGGAAAUAAUAACUUAUUUAUACCGUGAGGUUGUCUGUGGUCAUCAUUGGCUUCACGAUUUAGUYUCCAUUUUCACGCGAGUAAACCUAACAAUUGAAUAUUUCCUAUGUCAAACAGCGUAACCAUGGCCCCCUUCGGUCGCGGAAUAUCCCCCUUUGACAAUUGCAUGCCGCUCAUCGUUUUUGAAAUUAAGUGUAAAAUUUACUAAACUCUUUUGUGCAACCAAUCGCCCCCACCCCUCCCCUCCUUUAUACCCCAACCCCCAUGCCCUCCGUCCCAAAGGACAUUGUGUUGUGAGUAUCAUUCUAACACUAAAGAAUAAUAUUUUAUUUUUUAUACAUUAUGUUGAUUGACAAAAUAUGCCUAGAAGCUAUUAUUAGAAAAAGAAAUUUGUAAAUAUUUGUACGUGCGCAAGGAUGUUCAAGAUCAUGGUGGUCUCGAUGCUAUUAGUCUAUUUACCAAAACUCGUGUACAAUAAACACUGUCCCGAUAAAACCCGCUGAUAAUGAAAUUUAUACCAAUUCUUUUGAGAGUUAACAAAUAUAARGACAAUAAGUAUUUGUAAUCAUGCCAGGAACUAUAUAUUAAAUUGCUUAAG